GACGAAGAGCUACGCGAUGCAAUCGCAUCACUGGGGAGGCUAGACCUCAAACUUGAGAUGGAUCCUCCGGACUUAGAAGUGCUGAAGAGCGAAAAGGUGGGAGGCUACAUGGUCUUUGGACAGUGGUGGCCUAUCCCGCCCAAAGAGAGUGGACUGGAGGAGGCAGGAGUGAGGAAGCUGUACGACGACGAGACGCUCGAUGAAGAGGGCAGGAUAGCCCUGCUCCUGCUCCUCCGUACCUUCGUAGCCACCUACCUCAAGCUACUCUCCCUCCUGCAAUACCCACCCUCCUACACUUCCAUCCGGACACUUCAUACAGCCACCUCGAACUUCAGCCUCUCCACGCCCGCUCAGCCUGGGCCCACCGAAGGAGGCGAAAGCCAAGAGGAGAUCUCCUGGCACACAUCGGCCUCUCUACAGUGGUCCCACAUGCGCACGCUCGCCAUCAAUAUACAGGAGCUCCUCAAUCGUGCACGUCCCGAACAGGCGAGGUGUAAUCUAGAGGCAGAGAUGCGUCGACGAGUAGAGAAGAGAAAGGCAGAUGUGACGCGGAUCAGGGAAGUGCUCAAGGGGAGUAGGGAGAAGGUCAAGCAGCUCAGAGAG